UUCAUGCAAAAGCAAAAGGGCAUCUAAGACUCUAAGUCACCAUGGCUUGUGUCACGGUAGGCAGAACCCUUACAGCUUGGAAGAAGGACGACUUAUUUCUCUUUCGUUUCAUCUUCAUCCUCGUCUCAUUAUACCCAUGUCAUGGUAAUUUCUCACAAGCAAACAACAAACAACCAAACUUCAGAAAUGCAAGUAGUUUUUCAACAAUGCCAAACUUACCAUAUGACUACAUAGUGGUUGGAGGAGGAACAGCAGGGUGUCCAUUGGCAGCAACACUGUCUGAAAAAUUUAGGGUUUUGGUGCUAGAAAGAGGUGGAUCACCAUAUGGAAAUGCCAACAUCUCACGCUUAGAAAAUUACGACAUUAAUUUGGCACACUCCACACCAACUUCUCCUGUUCAAAGGUUCCUAUCAACUGAUGGUGUUUUCAAUCAUAGAGCAAGAGUUUUGGGUGGCAAUACUUGCAUCAAUGGUGGCUUCUACUCUAGAGCUCAGCCUAGUUUUGUAAGAAAUGCUGGAUGGGAUGAAGUGUUGGUGAAUGAGUCAUACAAAUGGGUGGAGGACAAGAUAGUCUUCUUGAAUCCAGCUGCGCCAUGGCAAAGUGCAGUGAAGGAUGGGUUCUUGGAGGUUGGAGUCACUCCCUUCAAUGGAUACACCUAUCAACAUAUCAACGGGACGAAGUUUGGCGGUUCAAUCUUCGAUAAUAAUGGCUUCCGACACACCGCCGCCGAUCUCUUGGCCGCCGGCAACCCUCGAAACCUUGAUGUCCUCAUUUAUGCCAACGCGGAAAAGAUCAUCUUUGAUACAAAAGGCACAAACUCCAAAGCAAUCGGAGUGAUCUUCAUCGACGAGAAUGACAAUCGACAUGAAGCAUUUAUCAAAGCAGAUGAGCGAAGUGAGGUAAUUUUAACCUCCGGCGCGAUCGGAACACCGCAAUUAUUAUUACUAAGCGGUGUCGGACCAGAGGAAGACUUACGAAAGAUGAAUAUUACGGUGAUACUAAACAAUGAGCAUGUAGGAAAAGAGAUGGCAGACGUCCCAUCAAAUAACAUCCAAAUCCCUACACCAGAGCCACAAAAGAAAACACUAGCUCAGGUAGUAGGCAUCACUACUGAGGGUUUCUAUGUUGAGACCAUCAGUGGCAUUAGCCAAAAUAAUGACAGCAUCGUCACUGUCAAGAAUGGCAAUAUGUCCGAGUUAAAAGAGGUAUUCCGAGGAGGUUCUAUUCACAAGAAGAUCAUAGGUCCUCUCUCCAAAGGAAAUCUCAGCCUGAUUAACACCAAUGUAACCAGCAACCCGGCUGUUACCUUUAACUACUAUGCCGAGCCUGAAGAUCUCAGGCGAUGUGUCACCGGAGUUAGUUUGUUAUUAAAGAUUGCGAAAACAAGGCCAGUGAUAGAGCUGAUGGGGAAUUUAAGUUACACAGAUGAGAUGUUGUUGAACAUGAGUGUGAAUCUUUUUCCAAAUUUGAUACCGAAAAGUGGGAAUGAGACAAAGUCAUUGCCUGAGUUCUGCAAGAGAACUGUGACAACUUUGUGGCAUUAUCAUGGAGGGUGUAUUGUUGGGAAGGUGGUGGAUAAGGAUUACAAGAUCAUUGGCGUUGGGAAUUUGAGGGUGGGGGAUAGCUCUUUGUUUGUUGAAUCCCCCGGAACUAAUCCUCAGGCCACUGUUAUGAUGCUUGGCAGAAUGAUGGGAGUGAAGAUGAUCACAGAGAGAGGCAGGCUAGCUAGAGACCAUAUGCUGUACGGACAUGAAGGAAGUGCCAGUAGUAAAUAAAUUAAUAAAAAUAAUCAGAAAUAAUAUAUUAUCUAUCAAUGUACCACAAACAUUUUUUUUUAAAUAAAUGUGGAUAAACCACAGAUUUAUUGAAGAAAAGAAUGACAGUACAAAGUAGGAAACUCCUCUCACCAGAGGUGACGAGAUACAAAAGACAACAUAAGGCAAAGGAUAAGCUAGAAAAAGAAUCUAAGUAGGUAGAAGACACCGUCUGACAUCUCAGGCCUGUCUAGAUAGUCAAAAGGAGUGCCUACUCCUGAGCAACAUCGGGGUCGGAGUCGCCAGGUGGAUUUGAGAUUCUAGCGCUAAGGAAGUUGAGCGAGCGCUUAAUUUUCUGAGAAGCUUCAUUGAGUGAUUGCUGAUGUCUAUCAGCAGCUGUUGAGAACUAAGAAAGAAGCAUAUUAGCAGUUUUAAAAAUAAUAU